CUGGUUUAUCAUCACCUUUUCCCAUGCCACGCGAUUCUGCAAGUCGGGUAAGGUUUUCACAGAUGGGAGUAGCAGAUUCCGGCCUUUGGCUGGUGACGCUCGAAGAAGAUCCCAAGGAGAAUAGAGGUGUACAGUUCAUUCAUCACAGUCCCCACAGCACGAGUUGAUAAGGGGGGGUAGCAUAUCCCGGCCGUUGGCUGGUGACGCUUCUAAUGCGGAUGUAUCGUCCCUUUCUCUGGUGCAUCACAUUCCCACAGCACGAGUUGCGUUUGGAAAGCGAAGCAUAUCCCGGCCGUUGGCCGGUGACGCUUCUAAUGCCGAUGUAUCGUCCUUUGCUCUGGUGCAUCACAUUCUCAGAGCACGACUUGAGUUUGGGGAGCGAAGCAUAUCCCGGCCGUCGGCUGGUGACGCUCCUAUUAGGCAGUACCCGGGUGAUACGGUCUUCUCCCCAGCAUACAUUCCGUGAAAACACCUUGUCGAUGCAUGUAACCAUGACCGAAAACAAUCUCAUUUCCAUUUCACGACGGCUUCGCGCACUCUCGCACGUCUCGUUCUCCCUAUCCGAGGGUUCAUUCUUUUGCCCCUACUCAACCAAUACAGUAGCAACAGGCACGCUGCCUUACGUUUACCUUACGUUUGUUUACCUUAGCCUCUGCGUCGGAGUAGUCCCCCGGACCUUCAAGCCGUACGACGAGCCGCGGCGAUGAUAUAUCAGCUCGGUUUAGCGUGAGGUUUUUGAUCGGCUUCGACGUUUGAAGAAGCACGGAGCUGAAUGGGGAUAAGCGUGCUCAUCCAUGUCG